AUGCCCAUCGCGAGCAUGAGCGUGUUGCCGACGGCCCCGUCGUCCACAUCGUCGUCCAUCCGGAAGUCGUCGCUGGCCCCCGAAAAAAAGUACAAGUGUCAGUGGUGUAAUCGGGCUUUCAGCCGGAGUGAGCAUCGCAGUCGACACGAGAGAUCACACACCAAGGAGCGUCCGUUCAAGUGUAUGAAGUGUCGGAGUACCUUCGUCCGACGCGAUCUGCUUCUCCGACAUGACCGAACGGUGCACGCCAAAGACGGCGGCAUCCCUCUCCACAGCGAUGUAAAGCGACGAGCCGGACCCAAGCCCAAUCCCAUGGCGGGCCCGUCCAAGACGGCCAUCGCGAUCGACACCUCGGCCCUCGAGCAGAUCGAGGCGAGCAGCGAUGGCAUGGUGGAUCUCGAGACCGCGGCCAUGUUGAUGACUGACCUGCACCACAAGGCCACGGCGGCGAUGCGCAACGCCGGCGCAGGACCAUCGGAGAAUAGACCUGGAAUGGCUUUCUCGCAUGGCUCGGCCGCGCUGAUGGAGCCAUCCGUCACGUUCCCCUCCGGGGCCAUCUCGCUCCCGCAGGUGCAGUGGGAUUCCUUCAUGCCGCCGACCGCCACGGAGCCCAAGUCGCACUCGAUCACGUCCACCGGGUCCGAGUCGCAGGCGUCCUGCGCCAGCACCAGCACGAUGCAGCCGCAUCCGGCCAACCCCUCGGCACCCAUGAGCGACUCGCCGGCCCACGGCUACAAUGGCCUCGUGCCUGCGCUGCAACAGAUGAUCGAUUCGCUACCCGCGUCGGGAACGGCAACGCCCACUCAGCCCUCGCCCUCGCCGCAAUCCCGGAGCCACAUCGCGCCGCGAGCCCCCCAGGUUCUCAACGACGAUGAACGCAACGUCAUCCUGGACAAGAUCCGCGCCAGUGAUAGCGAGCGCGCCAUCCCGGACAGCUUCCGUCUGCCGAGCUUGGCAUCCUUGAACCGGUUUCUGCAAACCUACUUCAGCUUGUUCCAUCAUCACUUGCCGUUCUUGCAUCCGGCCUCGUUCAAGGCGACGGACGUGUCCCCCCCCUUGUUGCUGGCCGUCCUCUCGAUCGGUGCGUUGUAUGCUUUCGAUCAAGACCAAGCGUACAUCUUGCACAUCGGGGCCAAGGUGCUGGUCAAUCAGUUCUUGCAGAACAAGGAGAACUUCAGCUCCCGAAAGUGUCCGCUGUGGACCAUGCAAAGCUCCCUGCUCAACAUGCUCUUCUCGAGCUGGAGUGGGGAUCCGAAGGGUCUGGAGUGGGCCUGCUCCAUCAAGAGUCUCCUCGCGAACAUGGUCGCUGGGAACCGUUACGAGCUGAAGAUCCGCACUGACAAACGCGAGGGGGCGCCCCCCACCCAAGCCGAAUGGGUCGAAGACGAGGGGUGCCGACGGACGUACUAUGCCGUCUACAUCUUCUUUGGGCUCUUGACGCUGUCUUUUAACCACACGCCGGCCAUCAGCUUCAACGAGUUCGAAGACUUGGAGCUGCCUUCGACCGAGGAGAUGUGGAAUCUGCCGACCGUCGACGAUGCGACGUGGUCCGAAAAGCUCGAUUCCGCGAGCGCCCCCUCGUUCAUGGUGGCGCACGACAACCUCUUCCAGGGCGAAUCGUUGCGCUACAGCGCUUUCGCGACCCGCGUCAUGAUCAACGCCCUCUUCCUCGAGGUGUGGUACCACAAGCGCAGUCCCGAGGCGCUUCAAGAUGUGGUGACGGAAUACAAGCUGCGUCUGGCGUUGGAGACGUGGGAGAAAUCACUUGAUCUGUGUGAGCCGGAGAUGGCUUCCGUCCCUCUCAGCGCGCCGCACAAGGGCCACCCGCUCAUCUUCAACGCGAUGGCCAUGUUCCGAAACGCGCGGGCUCGUCUGGAAGUCGACCUCAAAUCCAUCCAAGAGGUGCUGCGAUACCACGACUCGUACGAGGUGGCCGCGGCCAUGUCGGCUGCCCAGAGCAAAGUGAAGCGAUCCAGUGAGAUGAUCAAGGUCAUUCAAGAAUGCUACAACUGCAUUGAAACUGCAGCUGUCCAGGGCAUUCGGUGGGUUGCACGCACCUCGCCCACCAACUGGAGCAUCGAGCACCCCCUCUGUGGUCUUGAUCUCAUGGUCAUCCUCAGCUUGUGGCUUUAUCGUCUGGAAAACGACGAGACGGAGAUCGCAACCGAGGAGGAAACCGCCAUGUACCACAAGAUCAGGUCGCUGUUCGCUGAUGACGCGGUCGAGAUUGAGAAUACCACUCUCAGCUCCACCGUUGCGCGGAUCUGGGGAAGUAUGCUCGACGAGGUUGUCGUCUGGGGCAUCACCAAGCUCAUGGGUGAAUCCUUCCGAUUCCAUGGUCAAGCCCUGUGUGGCUACCAAGAUGACAUUGAAGGCUCUGACGUCUCCACGCCUUCGAUGAUCUCUCAAGGCCCGGACGACAAUGACGAUAGCGUGUAUUAA